GCCUCGACCGCCCGGCACACCCCGACACCACAGGUCGAAGGGGCGGCUGCUGGAGAUCACGACGCCGGGGCUGAACAUCCUGGGCCUGGGCCACGGCGGCGAUGCAGGAGAUGGCGGCCAUCUCCCGGCCCCAGGUGCACCUCUGGGCAACUGCACCACAGAAUAUAAUGAACUGCUAAACAAACAUGAGUGAAGAGAAUAGUGUUUCUUCACAAGUUGAAGAAUAUGAAGAUGACUUUGAGAAAGACCUUGACUGGCUAAUCAAUGAAGAAACAAAAAAUAGCGAUGAAGACCCCGAGGAUUAUGAAGACGAUGAAAACAUUGAAGCCAAAAUUGAUAAGGAGUUAGGUGAUGAGGAAGCGAAGGAAAAUAAAGAUGAUGAGAAAAAUUCUGGGAGUGAAAUUGAAAAAUCAAACAAUAAAGGUUUUCAUAAUAAUAUGAAAAAUGCUAAUGAAGAGGAAAUCCGUACUACCAUUAGCUCUGCUCCCAAAUCAGACACAUGCAGUGAGAGCCUAUUCCAGGAGUUAAAGCAGGAGGACCAGCAGGAUGAAGAACAGAGUGAGGAGGUAAAACGUUACAUAAUGGAAAAGAUCGAACAGGCCAACAAAGAACUGAAGGACGAAAAUCCCGUGAAUCAAAAUCGAGAGCGCAGAUUAAAGUUCAAAGACAAUUUAGUUGAUUUGGAGGUCCCACCCGUGGAAUUCACUGAAAUAGAUAGGGACAACGGAGAGAUCACUGGUCCGAUGUGUAUCAAGUAUAUUUCAAAUAAUGUUCAAAAAGACAAUGACAAAGAAGUCACAGAUCAGAAGUCUGGAAAGUGUAUUUCCAAUGAUGCUCAAAAAGAUAAUGAUGGAGAGGUCACAGAUCAAAUGUCUCAAAUGCACAUUUCAAAUGAUGCUCAGAAAGUUGAUGAUACGGAGAGACAGUGGGAUGACGAUAAGAACAAGAACAAGGAAGUAUUGAUGGAGAAGGAUGGAAAGUUUGAACUACUCAGCUUACAAGAUUUUGAAAAUCAGGGUUUGCUACCUCAGAUUAGUGUAGCUUUCAGUGAAAAUGAAUGGGAACAACCAAAUAAUUUGAAGGGAAAAAAACUCUCAAGCAGCCAGAACAAUUUAUCUCCCUCUCCAACGGAAGUACUUAAUACACUAAAACUACAAUUGGAACAAAAGGAUCGGGUAACAUCUCCACCUAAGACAUUACCUCGAAGAACGCAAUCUGCAGUAGUUACCCCAAAACAGUCUGCCCAUCUGCUAAUCGCAGAACACAAAGAAAUUAAUUGGAAAACUCAACAAAAGAAGGAGCAGCCAAAGGCCUCUGAGAUAUGGGCAAGAAAAACUGAUGAAGAUGAGCGGAAGAAAGAGAAUAAGGUAGCUUUUGGGAUAUGGCUUCAAAAGAAGAAACAGCAGCAUCAGGAAGAAAAGAGAAUUCAAUGUGCAAAAGAAAUAGAAAAAAAGAAUAGUAAGGAUUUCCGAGACCCAAAUGAUGCCUUCAAUCUCUGGCUAAAGAAGAAACGGGAACAACAAUUCAAAGAACAGCAAAUAGAAACUAUGAGAAAAAGGGAACAAGAUUAUAACUCAAGACUCCACUCAAGAGAAGAUUCUGAAAAAGCUUUUAAACAAUGGCUGAAGAGGAAAAAAGCAGAGAAACGGGCCGAGCAGUUGGCUGCCAAGGAGCGAUGCAAGAAGUUCCUACUGGAAGCUCGAAAAGUAAAACGAAUGCAGACUCUGCUGUGCACCCUUAACGAAUCCAAAUCAUUUCAGUUUGACAAUUAUGGAUACAGGUUCUAGAAAGUCCUGAUCAUCCUAUUCAUGUUCACAUUUAAAAUACCUCAAUGCAGGGAUGAAAUAAAGCAGAGUCUUACUCUGGGUUUGCAUAUUGCACUUUUACUGGCAUAAACACCUCUCAACAAUGCUCUCUGCGCUUGUCAGCGUGUUUCUGCAUUAGUACCAACACUGGCUGAUCAUUGCGUACAGCAUGAUUAGGUUGUAAUAAAUUAUCUACACAGUC